AUGGCAUCUUAUUUAGAAGCAAUACUUAUAAGAAAUACAUAAGAGGUUGAAAACUAAUUGAUUAAAUAAAAGCUUUGUAAAGUUUUAGGCUUCUUAAAAUAUGAUUAGAGAUUAUUUUCUAGUGAAAUUACAAUUUUAUUAAAUGGGAGUUCAGAACUAAUUUUCAUUAAAGAUGGAGAUGUUCUUUAGAUGUAAGGAACUCACUUUAAUUUUAGUUAAAAAUACAUUGAUUAUAAUACCAUACAAAAUAUUCAUCCAAAUUUUGAACAAUUAAAGAGUUUAUUUUGGAUUGGCUAAACUAAUGAUAAGGGAUAAAAGAUUGGAAGAUGGAAUGCCUUUUGGAGAGGUGAAAACCUCAAUGUUGGUGGAUUUUUCAAUGAUGAUGGGGAAAAAAUUGGAAAUUGGAUUGAAUUAUUUGAGAAUUAUUGGGAGUAAUAAUUCAAUAAAAUAUAAGUAAAGCUCGGAUAACUUACUAAGGUGAAUAUAUUAAAGGAUAAAAACAGGGAUUUUGGAAAAUUCUUUUUGUUGAUAUUGAGAUGUAUAUUAGAAUUAACUAUUACAUUAGUGGAGGUGGGAUGUAUGUUGAAGGAGAAAAAAUAGGAGCAUGGGUUGAGGUUUAUGAAAAUUUUAGUAGGUAAUCAAUUCAAUAACUUGUAGUUGGUGCAAAAUUAUAGAGCGUGGAAGAUAUAAGAAUGGGAAGAAAGUAGGGGAAUGGACUCAAAUUUUUAAGGAGAAAGUAGUGUAUAUUUAAUUUCUUUAUUAAAUUAGUGGAAUUGGAACUUAUGAUGAAAAUUAAGUAAAGGCUGGACGUUGGGUUGAUUUGCAUGAAAACUUUUUUGAGUAUAUUAGAAACUAAAGAAAUUAGUUGGUGUUAAGUCACAUAUUAAGGAAAAUAUUAAAAAGGAAUAAAAAAAGGGGAAUGGAAAGCUAUUUUUGAAGAAAAAAUAAUGUUAGAAUUUUAUAAUGUUUCUAGUGGUAAAGGAAAUUUCAAUGAAGUGGGAUUAAAGGAUGGGGAUUGGGUUGAGGUUUUUAAAAACUAUUCUAUGUAACUAUUUAAUUAAUUUCUUAGAAAUAGUUAGAUAACAUAUAUAGGAUAAUACAACAAUGGGAAACCAUGCAAAUAGCUAUAUAUAUCUAAUUAAAAGGAUAUGAUGUAUAAUUUGAAAUAUGAUAAAAAGUGGAGGUGGUAGUUAUAAUGAAAAUGGAAUGAAAAAUGGUAAAUGGGUAGAAUUGCAAGACAAUUUUUAUGAGUUAUCCAUUCAUAAUUAAAAAAUAAUAGUUUUGGUAAAGUGACUUAUGAAGGGGUGUAUAACAAUUAGAAAAAAGAAGGAAAAUGGUAAUACAUUUAUAAUAAAAAUGUCAUGUAAUUAUGUUUUUUUUAUAUAUUAUUUAGAGGUGGAGGGGUUUAUUCAUUUGGAAUAAAGAAUGGUAAUUGGAUUGAAUUACAUGAAUAUUUUUCAGAGUACAUUAAUAAAUUUGUAUAAAAUAAGUACAUGUUAAGUGAGUUAUAAAGGAGAGUACAAAAAUGGAAAGAAAUUUAAAAAAUGGGAUACAAUUUAUUAAUAUAAUAUUAUGUAAUAAAUUUGAUUGUAUUUUUUUAGAGGAGGAGGUUAAUAUGAUGAAAAUGAAUAUAAAACUGGAAAAUGGAUUGUCUUAAAUGAAAAUUUUGGAAAGUAGAAAACAUUAUUAUAAAAUUUCUAGUCUUAGUUAAGUUAUUUGGAGCGGAUAAUACAAAAAAGGAUGUAAAAUUGGAAAAUGGGAUAUCUUUUAUAAGUAUGAAAUAAUGUAUUUCAAAAUUAUUAAUAAAAUAGUGGAGGAGGAAUUUAUGAUUAUAAUGGUAUAUAGUAAGGUCAGUGGAUUGAAUUACAUUAACAUUUUUGGGAGUAAGGAUUUAUUUAAUGUUAAGUUAAUAAUAAAUUAAAUUUAGUGGAUUAUAUAAGGAUGGAAUAAAAUAAGGAUAUUGGGAGAUGAUUUAAUAUAAUACAAAAAUGUAGAAUAAAUAUAUCAUUAAAUUUAGUGGAGGAGGAUUUUAUGAUUUAAUUGGAAUGAAGCAAGGUAAAUGGAUUGAAUUGCAUCAAAAAUUUAUAAAGUAUUUGCUUAUUUAUUAAGUAAAAGAAAUAAUCUAUUUUUAAUUGGUUCGUAUAUAGAUUCAAGAAAAUAUGGGAAUUGGGAUGCAAUAUUAGAUUAGAAAUUAAUGUUAUAUAUAUAUAUAAUUAUGAUAUUAGAGGAUGUGGUUUUUAUGAUGAUAAUGGAUUAAAAAAUGAAAAUUGGAUUGAUUUACAUGACCCAUUUAUGAAGUAUGGAAUAUUAAUUGAUUAUAGUACUGGUAUUAGUUAUUUGGGCAGAUAUAAUAAUGGAAAGAAGUAGGGAAAAUGGAAUACAUUUUUUUAAAAUAAGUAAAUGUAAAAUGAGUUGAUUAUUAAUAUAUAUAUAUAGUGGAGGAGGGUAUUAUGGUGAUAAUGGAUAUAAAAAUGGAAAGUGGAUUGAAUUAGAUGGUGAUUAAAACAAAAAUAAAGAUUAAAUAAGAAUAAAGGAGACAGAAUAUAAAAAUGGUUUAAAGUAUUGAAAUAUAUAAUUUAUAAUAAAUUUGAAUUAUGAAAUAUAUANGUGGAGGGGUUUAUUCAUUUGGAAUAAAGAAUGGUAAUUGGAUUGAAUUACAUGAAUAUUUUUCAGAGUACAUUAAUAAAUUUGUAUAAAAUAAGUACAUGUUAAGUGAGUUAUAAAGGAGAGUACAAAAAUGGAAAGAAAUUUAAAAAAUGGGAUACAAUUUAUUAAUAUAAUAUUAUGUAAUAAAUUUGAUUGUAUUUUUUUAGAGGAGGAGGUUAAUAUGAUGAAAAUGAAUAUAAAACUGGAAAAUGGAUUGUCUUAAAUGAAAAUUUUGGAAAGUAGAAAACAUUAUUAUAAAAUUUCUAGUCUUAGUUAAGUUAUUUGGAGCGGAUAAUACAAAAAAGGAUGUAAAAUUGGAAAAUGGGAUAUCUUUUAUAAGUAUGAAAUAAUGUAUUUCAAAAUUAUUAAUAAAAUAGUGGAGGAGGAAUUUAUGAUUAUAAUGGUAUAUAGUAAGGUCAGUGGAUUGAAUUACAUUAACAUUUUUGGGAGUAAGGAUUUAUUUAAUGUUAAGUUAAUAAUAAAUUAAAUUUAGUGGAUUAUAUAAGGAUGGAAUAAAAUAAGGAUAUUGGGAGAUGAUUUAAUAUAAUACAAAAAUGUAGAAUAAAUAUAUCAUUAAAUUUAGUGGAGGAGGAUUUUAUGAUUUAAUUGGAAUGAAGCAAGGUAAAUGGAUUGAAUUGCAUCAAAAAUUUAUAAAGUAUUUGCUUAUUUAUUAAGUAAAAGAAAUAAUCUAUUUUUAAUUGGUUCGUAUAUAGAUUCAAGAAAAUAUGGGAAUUGGGAUGCAAUAUUAGAUUAGAAAUUAAUGUUAUAUAUAUAUAUAAUUAUGAUAUUAGAGGAUGUGGUUUUUAUGAUGAUAAUGGAUUAAAAAAUGAAAAUUGGAUUGAUUUACAUGACCCAUUUAUGAAGUAUGGAAUAUUAAUUGAUUAUAGUACUGGUAUUAGUUAUUUGGGCAGAUAUAAUAAUGGAAAGAAGUAGGGAAAAUGGAAUACAUUUUUUUAAAAUAAGUAAAUGUAAAAUGAGUUGAUUAUUAAUAUAUAUAUAUAGUGGAGGAGGGUAUUAUGGUGAUAAUGGAUAUAAAAAUGGAAAGUGGAUUGAAUUAGAUGGUGAUUAAAACAAAAAUAAAGAUUAAAUAAGAAUAAAGGAGACAGAAUAUAAAAAUGGUUUAAAGUAUUGA